AUGGUCCAUGGGUCUAACCCGGUCAUCAGGGAGACUAGGGCAAAAGUUGAGGUAGCGGCUCAGAGCCAGAGCCUCGCCAUUUCCCUCCGCUGCAACGGUGAGGGCGUCGAGUUCGUCCACGCCGUGGCACCGGGCAUCACCGUCGCGGACGUCACAGCCUCGCUAGUCGUUCCGCGAGUGGUCUGGUCCAUCCUCCCCCUCUACAGCAGGGUUAAAAAUUUCAACGAAAUUUCGCAUAUUUCAGUGGGGCUGCUCGGUGCAGACGCCGCUGUGGGCUCGCGGCCGGUCGUGGCAGCGCAGGUCACCGAGCUCGCUGACGGCAUCUUGAUCGCCGUGUCGAUGGACCACGUCUUAGCCGACGGGACGGCAUUCUGGCAGUUCUUCAACACCUGGUCCGAGCUAAGCCAUGCCAACAACGCCGGCGCUGGCUACGAUGUAAUGAUCUCCACGUCGUUGCCCGUGUUCGACAGGAGUUUUCUCGGCAGCUGUUGGGCCGUCCCCAUCGCUCUUCCCUUCUGCAUCUGGAGGAUGUCACCGCCGGGCAAUGCUGUGGGGGAAAGUCACCGCCAAGUCCACCGCCCACGAUAUCGUCGACAAGGGCCUGGGCAGGGCGGCAUGGCUCCUGAACAGGACCGUUGCGUUGUUUGACGAAGCCAGCGCUAGGGACAAGCUAGCGUCCUGGUCCCAGGAGCCUAGCUUCAAUUGCCUGCCCGCGCUAUUGGUGGCCGCUGCCAUGGGCAUGAUCACAGGACAAGCAAGCAUUGUAGAACCUAGAGCGGGCAUGAUCACGGGGAUGAACAUUGUAGAACCUAGAGCGCGGCCACAAAGUUCACUGGGGCAAGAAAGCAACCUUAGUACAAAGCCAAGUUCACUGAUCUCGCAGGUCAGCUGCAUGUGGGAAGAUCGUCAAGGCGCGAAUCUGACGCUGAUAUGCACUAAAAUCGGCCGGAGCGGGUGGUUACUCAGCAUAUUUAAUCAUUGCCACUGUCAACCCAUAUGGGGAUAGCAAGUGAUCCUCGGAUUUCUGAUGCCUCUCAAGCCUACCAGAGUUUAGCGGCGAAAAAAUUUCCUUCACUCAACCUGUUUAUUUUCUCUUUCAUUGCCUCCUCU